AUGGCGGCCGCGCUGAGGGGGUUGCUGCGCCGCGCGGUGAGCGAGGGCGGGAAGGCGGGAACGAGCGCGCGGCUCCCCCCGGUCCUGACCCUCGCGUCCCCGCAGGUGCCCGCCGCCGGGAGGACGCUGACGGCGCAGCCGCUGCUGUGCGCCCGCCGCCGGCUCACGCUGGGCGCUUCGCGGCUCGCCCCGGCCGUCACGCAGCACGCCCCGUUCUUCAAAGGCACGGCCGUCGUCAAUGGGGAGUUCAAAGAGCUGACCCUGGAUGAUUUCAAGGGGAAAUACCUCGUGCUUUUCUUCUACCCUCUGGAUUUCACCUUUGUGUGCCCCACAGAAAUUGUGGCUUUUAGUAACAAAGCGAAUGAGUUCCACGAUGUGAACUGCGAGGUGGUGGCGGUUUCUGUGGACUCCCACUUCAGCCACCUGGCCUGGAUAAAUACACCACGCAAGAGUGGCGGUUUGGGCAAAAUGAAUAUUCCAGUUCUGUCAGACCUCACGAAACAAAUCUCCCGUGAUUAUGGUGUUCUGCUAGAAGGACCUGGCAUUGCACUAAGAGGUCUCUUCAUCAUUGAUCCAAAUGGGGUCAUCAAGCAUCUGAGCGUCAAUGAUCUCCCUGUCGGUCGCAGUGUGGAAGAGACCCUUCGCUUGGUGAAAGCAUUCCAGUAUGUGGAAACACAUGGAGAGGUUUGCCCAGCAAACUGGACUCCAGAUUCCCCUACAAUCAAACCAACUCCAAAGGCUUCUAAAGAAUAUUUUGACACAUAUUUUGACACAUAAACACUGAAGCGCAGAUGAAACUUAGUUGCUAUAUGCUGAAGACAUUAAGUGGCUGUGAUUAUGGAAGAAGAAAGGUUCUCAUUUCCUCAUGUUUUAAAACAAUAAUUAAAUGCUGAAAUACUUA